CAGAGGGGAAAAGGGGUGGAGAGAGAAAGAGUAGGAAGAAGUGGGAGGAGGGAAGGCGACAGAUACUAUUAAAAAGAGGUGGAAGAGGAGCAACUGACAGGCUCAAGAGCAAAAAGCGUGGGCAGUUGGAGAAGAAGCAGCCAGAGUGUGAAGAAGCCAACAGAAGGAAAGUCCAGGGAGGAGGAAAAGAAGCAGGCUCUGGUGAUACAGAAGAAGAAACAGUCUCCAUUUUCAAACAGUCCCUACUGGGAGAACACAGACAGGCAGAGGAUUACAACACAAGGCGGCAAGCACUGGGAGACGAAAGUUUUGGCAUCUGUUCCCUGGCUGUGCCAAGAUGGGCGAUUGGAGCUUCCUGGGAAAUUUCCUGGAGGAAGUACACAAGCACUCGACCGUGGUAGGCAAGGUCUGGCUCACUGUCCUCUUCAUAUUCCGUAUGCUCGUGCUGGGCACAGCUGCUGAGUCUUCCUGGGGGGAUGAGCAGGCUGAUUUCCGGUGUGAUACGAUUCAGCCUGGCUGCCAGAACGUCUGCUACGACCAGGCUUUCCCCAUCUCCCACAUUCGCUACUGGGUGCUGCAGAUCAUCUUCGUCUCCACGCCCUCUCUGGUGUACAUGGGCCACGCCAUGCACACUGUGCGCAUGCAGGAGAAGCGCAAGCUAAGGGAGGCCGAAAGGGCCAAAGAGGUCCGGGGCUCUGACUCUUACGAGUACCCGGUGGCAGAGAAGGCAGAACUGUCCUGCUGGGAGGAAGGAAAUGGAAGGAUUGCCCUCCAGGGUACUCUGCUCAACACCUAUGUGUGCAGCAUCCUGAUCCGCACCACCAUGGAGGUGGGCUUCAUUGUGGGCCAGUACUUCAUCUACGGAAUCUUCCUGACCACCCUGCACGUCUGCCGCAGGAGUCCCUGUCCCCACCCGGUCAACUGUUACGUAUCCCGGCCCACAGAGAAGAAUGUCUUCAUUGUCUUUAUGCUGGCUGUGGCUGCACUGUCCCUCCUCCUUAGCCUGGCUGAGCUCUACCACCUGGGCUGGAAGAAGAUCAGACAGCGAUUUGUCAAACCGCGGCAGCACAUGGCUAAGUGCCAGCUUUCUGGCCCCUCUGUGGGCAUAGUCCAGAGCUGCACACCACCCCCUGACUUUAAUCAGUGCCUGGAGAAUGGCCCUGGGGGAAAAUUCUUCAAUCCCUUCAGCAAUAAUAUGGCCUCCCAACAAAACACAGACAACCUGGCCACUGAGCAAGUACGAGGUCAGGAGCAGACUCCUGGGGAAGGUUUCAUCCAGGUUCGUUACGGCCAGAAGCCUGAGGUGCCCAAUGGAGUCUCACCAGGUCACCGCCUUCCCCAUGGCUAUCAUAGCGACAAGCGACGUCUUAGUAAGGCCAGCAGCAAGGCAAGGUCAGAUGACCUAUCAGUGUGACCCUCCUUUAUGGGAGGACCAGGACCAGGUGGGAAAAAAGGAGGCUCAGAGAGGAAAGACAUGUCCCUUCUGAACUGAUGCUUUCUCACUGUCAUCACUGCUUGGCUCCUUUGAGCCCCGGGUCUCAAUGACGUUGCUCAUUAAUUCUAGAAACUAUAACCAGGGCUCUGGGAUAGUAAGAGACAUGACUACCCACCCAGACUGCAGUUCCCUCCCCACCCUCUACCCAGUAUACGAAGCCUUUCAGAUUACUCAUGAAACAGGGUAGAGGGAAAGAAGGGAAGCAUGGCAAAAGCUGGCCUGGAAGGGAUAGCCAGAGGGAUAGAAUGACUCUCUCUCUACAUACCAGCAACAUACCAAAUGCGUUCUCUAAGUUCCUACCUCCUUGACCUGAUUACCCUCCCUCCUCCAAGGAAGAGCUCAAAGUUCCCAGCCAAUAGAGAGCAUGAAUCAAGGAACUUGCAUUAUAUUUGCUCUUGAAUCUGUUGUCUCCAUGGACCAUUCCUUGGAGUAGUGGUGAGAUGGCCUUGGGUUGCCCUUGGCUUCUCCUCCCUCUACUCAGUCUUAAAAAGGGCUUCUUGGAACUUUACCAGCAGCCUCAACUUUACAAAUGCCUUGGUACGUACCUCUGGCAAAUGCCCCAACUUGGUGAUGUUGCAACCUUUCCUUCUGCCAGGGUGUACACCUAGCCUUUGAAGGUGUCAGCUCUGCUAGGGAGUCACUGUACACACAAACUCCACUGGAAUUCCUGCCAACAUCUGUCACCCUGCAGCUCCUUUACAGUUCAAUCCAAUGAUAGAAACCAUCCCUUCCCUUUCUCCCUUGGCUGUUCACCCAGCCAUUCCCUGAAGGCCUUAUCAACAGGAAUAUCCAAGAAGCUGUUGUCCUCUCUCGAACCCUGACCAGAUCAUCAGCCACUGAGGCCAGUGGAAUUUCCCCAGGCCUUGUUAAAACAAAGAAAGCAUCGUACUUCUCAGAUUCCCCUUGUGGAAAAAAAAAAAAAAAUCUGCUGUGAAGAUGAAAAUAAAAAUGGAGAGAAAACACUGGAAAACUAUUUUCCCCUCCUAUUUACUUCCUUUGCUGACUGCCAACUUAGUGCCAAGAGGAGGUGUGAUGACAGCUAUGGAGGCCCCCAGAUCGCUCUCUCCUGGAGGCUUUAGCAGGGACAUGGAAAUAGUAGGGGAAUCUCCAGCUCUCUUGGCAGGGCCUUUAUUUAAAGAGCACAGAGAUUCCUAUGUCUCCCUAGUGCCCCUAAUGAGACUGCCAAGUGGGGGCUGUAGAAAAGCCUUGCCUUCCCCAGGGACUGGCCUGGUUUCUCUAUUCACUGGAUACAUAAUGGGUUGCUAUUGUUUUGGAUGAAGGUAAAGGAUGCUUGGAAUUGGAUACUGGGACUUAUAGAGAGAUUAUUACAUUAUUAAAAUGCACGUGUGUGUGUGUGUGGGUGCUGAUAGGAUGACUAAAGGCUAGGGAAGUCCUGAAAUAAGGAAAGGAAACCACAGAGAAACUUGUGUCUUCCUGCUCUCCUCUCUGGCUGUCUGGCAGUUAUUAACCUAAACAGAUAGGCACAAGAGGUUGGGACAGAGGAAGGUAAAGGCUCAGAAGGAGGUUUAACCUCUGACUCACCUGCCCAUCUCUGGGCCCUCUGCUGACACUUGGAUGCUAUUGUUGGGUGGAAAGAAAAAUGAGAGUGGAGAAGUGGAGGAAAGUGACUAAGAUGCCAUUUAGGAAGGAAUGUCUGAUCAUCCCAGGUCCCUGGAGGGGACCUUUUAAUCUAUUGCCUAGCAUUAAUAUUUUCUCUCCUUCUAGCUCUGAAAUGUUUUAUGAAAUGAGUGUUCUUGAAUUAGAAAUUCUGUGGGAUCAAUCUUUGAUGGUGAGGGUUUUAGAAAGGAAAAAUAUAGUAAAAUGUGUAAUCUGUCUUAAUAAAAUCUAUCUCCACAUCU